AUGCAGCCGCUCGGCUCCUGUACAAACCUGGCAGGCCCUCAGGAAGGCUCCCCAAUCUGCUAUGAGUACGCGACUCCCAGCAAUACAUCGGCCCUCUCUCAGCGCCUAUCGUCUCCACGGAACAAUGUGACCCGCCCCUGUGACACAAUAAACGUCUUCGCUGCCGCGUCGCCACCGGGCCGUCCUAGCAAGGAAUUCGAGUUAUCCCCCCCCGAGGACGAUGAGUCACUUAGUAGGAAGCGCCAACGUGUCUCUUACGGGCGCGCCGUGGAUGACGAGAUAAACGUGGAGUCCUCUGCCCUUAGUCAAGAGAGUCCCAGCGCUUCCUCGCCGUACGAGACUGUUCAGGCCUUUGAAGCGGCACACCGGCGGAGAUCUGGAUCUGGUGCAAGAUCCUUGUCGCGCACCGCAACUCCUAGCUCCGAAGCUGAAAGAACGGUAUCGCGCUACGCCAUGUUUCCCAAGUCAACUACAGACCGAGCUCCCCUGCUUCACUGUCUAUCCGAGAUCGAUAUCCAAGUCGAUGACGCCCGGGACAUGUUUGCGCUGUUCGGCGAGAGGGUGGCGCCUUUUCUACCCUGGCUUUACGAUGCAAACCUGUCUGACCUGCCCAACGAUCCUCUGUUCGCCUUAGCAGGUAUCAAAGUCAUCUCAAGACACUUGCCUGGAGUGAGCAACCUUAGGAGAAAACUGGAUUCCGUCCUGCAGACUCUUGUGCGCAAUGUGCUCUUUGAUGACCUGGGACGUCCUUACAAAGCUGCUCUCGAGACUAUGAAAGGUCUUGCAAUUGUCUACGGCUAUUCCGAGAUCGGAGUCGCCAAUUCACACCUCAAUGCAGACCAGUCAAGAGCCGACGUCCUAUCGGUCAAGGGCGUCAUCGAAGGUUAUGCGCUAUUCCAGACUGCUCGGCUGCCCCAAUACUCUUUCGGCGAACAGAAGCAUUUUUCAAGCAAGAAAUCUGGUUAA